AUGGUUUGGGAGAAAGAGAAGAUCGUCGGAAGUUGUUUGGUCGGAGGAGCUGCGUUCGCCGUCGGAGCUUCAUUCCUCCAUCUUUUCCUCAAAGGUGAGCUUCCGUUAGGCUUAGGGUUAGGCGGUAUAGGUCUGGUUUCGCCAUGGAACAGCUUCAGAAAACGAAAGCCCGUCCGCGUCUACAUGGAUGGUUGCUUCGACAUGAUGCACUACGGCCACUGCAACGCCCUGCGGCAAGCUCGUGCUCUCGGCGACCAAUUGGUGGUCGGCGUCGUCAGCGACGAAGAAAUCAUAGCUAACAAGGGACCUCCCGUUACGCCUCUUCACGAGAGAAUGACAAUGGUGAAGGCUGUCAAGUGGGUGGAUGAAGUGAUAUCGGACGCACCUUACGCCAUCACGGAGGAUUUCAUGAAGAGAUUGUUCGAUGAGUAUCAGAUCGAUUACAUCAUCCAUGGGGACGAUCCUUGCGUUCUUCCAGAUGGAACCGAUGCUUAUGAACUCGCUAAAAGGGCUGGUCGUUACAAGCAGAUUAAGCGCACGGAAGGAGUUUCCAGCACCGAUAUCGUUGGUCGCAUGCUUCUCUGUGUAAGAGAAAGAUCGGUCAGUGACAGUCAUAGUCAUUCCUCUCUGCAGAGGCAAUUCAGUCAUGGGCAUAACAGCCCGAAGUUUGAGGACGGAGGUUCUUCUGCUGGUACUCGCGUCUCGCAUUUUCUUCCUACUUCCCGCAGGAUUGUUCAGUUCUCUAAUGGCAAGGGGCCAGGACCUGAUGCACGCAUUAUUUACAUAGAUGGGGCUUUUGAUCUUUUCCAUGCUGGCCAUGUUGAGAUUCUUAGGCGUGCUCGAGAGCUUGGAGACUUCCUUCUUGUUGGAAUACAUAAUGACCAGACUGUCAGUGCUAAAAGAGGAGCGCAUCGUCCAAUCAUGAAUCUGCAUGAAAGGAGCUUAAGUGUUCUGGCAUGCCGCUAUGUAGAUGAGGUCAUAAUUGGUGCUCCAUGGGAAGUGUCGAAAGAUACGAUCACGACAUUUGACAUUUCGUUGGUGGUUCAUGGGACAGUAGCCGAGAGCGAUGAUUUUCAAAAGGAGGAAGAUAAUCCGUAUGCUGUACCAAUAAGCAUGGGGAUAUUCCAAAUUCUGGAAAGCCCUCUUGAUAUCACAACUUCCACCAUAAUCAGGAGGAUUGUAGCGAACCAUGAAGCUUAUCAGGCAAGUUACUUUUUCUUGCUCAUUCAUUCUUCUUGA